AUGCUCACACACGCACAGAUCCCCACGUGCACUUGCUUUGGCGCAGGUUCACCUACAUUUUGUCUUAUACUCUCUCUCUCUCUCUAUCUCUCUCUCUCUCUCUCUCUCUUGAACUUCGCCGGUAAAGGUCGAGUCAGCAUGCAGGAUUUCGAGCUGCUCAAAGUGCUAGGAACCGGAGCCUAUGGGAAGGUGUUUUUGGUGCGCAAGAUUGGAGGCAGGGACAAUGGGAAGCUGUAUGCUCUGAAGCAGCUCAAGAAGGCCUCGAUCGUCCAGAAGACAAAGACCACAGAACACACGAGAACCGAGCGUCAGGUGCUGGAGGCCAUCAGACAAUCCCCGUUCUUGGUCACACUACACUACGCCUUUCAGACAGACUCCAAGCUAAAUCUCAUUUUGGAUUUUGUCAAUGGAGGUGAGAUGUUCACACACCUCUACCAGCGAGAGCAUUUUACUGAAGAUGAGGUUCGAAUCUACAUAGGGGAGAUUACUCUGGCUUUGGAAACAUUACAUAAGCUGGGUAUCAUCUAUCGAGACAUCAAGCUAGAGAAUAUUCUGUUAGAUGCCGAUGGACACAUUGUGCUUACAGAUUUUGGUCUCAGCAAAGAGUUUCUACCCACAGACCCUACACAUCGGACAUAUUCAUUCUGUGGAACCAUCGAGUAUAUGGCUCCUGAAGUGGUCAAGGGUGGGCAGACUGGUCAUGACUUUGCUGUGGACUGGUGGUCCCUUGGAGUGCUGGCUUAUGAACUGUUGACUGGUGCCUCUCCUUUCACAGUUGAUGGAGAGAAGAACACACAGAGUGAGAUUUCAAAGAGGAUCAUGAAGUGCAAUCCUCCGUACUCCAAAUCAUUCUCGCCAGAUGUGAAAGACCUCAUCCAGAAACUACUGACAAAGGAUCCAUCCAAAAGAUUGGGCUCGAAAAGUGUGGAGGAGGUUAAAAGACACCCUUUCUUCAAGCUCUUAUAUGUAACUGUAGCAAGUCAUACACCUUGGGCGCUUUGUAGGGUGCGUUACCUUGAUCUUGCACAGAAGAAGGUGCCAGCUCCAUUUGUCCCAAAGAUCCGCAAUGAAUUGGACCUCAGCAAUUUCUCAGAAGAGUUCACCAAGAUGGCUGCCACAGAGUCCCCAGCAAUUGUGCCAAACAUGGGAGAGAAGCUCUUCAAGGGCUACUCGUACGUUGCUCCUUCCAUCAUCUUUACGGAAAACUCUGUGAGUGCUGAUAUUUUACACAAGUGUAGCGAGCACCAGCCAGAUGACUUUGCUCUGUGGACAGCCAGCCACUUUAAG